CAACGGCACCUGGCUCAACUCCACCACCAGCCAGGGCCACUUCCUGAGGGAGAACUUCACCUUCUCAGCAUACUACCAGCACUCCUCCCCCGUGGCUGCCAUGUUCAUCCUGGCCUACACCUUCAUCUUCCUCAUGUGCAUGGUCGGGAACUGCCUGGUGUGCUUCAUCGUGGUGAAGAACCGCCAGAUGCGGACGGUCACCAACAUGUUCAUCCUCAACCUGGCCAUCAGCGACCUGCUGGUGGGCAUCUUCUGCAUGCCCACCACUCUGGUGGACAACCUCAUCACAGGUUGGCCCUUUGACAAUGCCAUGUGCAAGAUGAGUGGCCUGGUGCAGGGCAUGUCUGUCUCCGCCUCCGUUUUCACCCUGGUGGCCAUCGCCGUGGAGAGGUUUCGCUGCAUCGUGCACCCCUUCCGGCAGAAGCUGACCCUGAGGAAAGCCCUGGUGACCAUCGCCAUCAUCUGGCUGCUGGCCCUGCUCAUCAUGUGCCCCGCUGCCGUCACCCUGACCGUUACCAGGGAGGAGCACCACUUCAUGCUGGACACCUACAACAACUCCUACCCUCUCUACUCCUGUUGGGAGGCCUGGCCCGAGACGGGGAUGAGGAGGAUCUACACCACCGUCCUCUUCUCCCACAUCUACGUGGGGCCCCUGGCCCUCAUCAUCGUCAUGUACGCUCGCAUUGCCUUCAAGCUCUUCAAGUCAGCAGCCCCAGCCCGGGACCAAGAGGAACCGGAGGGAAGGAGGGUCUCCAGGAGAAAGGCCAAGGUCAUCAACAUGCUCAUCAUUGUCGCCCUCUUCUUCACCCUCUCCUGGCUGCCACUCUGGACGCUGAUGCUGCUGACAGACUACGGGCAGCUGAGCCAGGCCCAGCUCCACCUGCUCACCGUCUACGUCUUCCCCUUUGCCCACUGGUUGGCCUUCUUCAACAGCAGCGCCAACCCCAUCAUCUACGGCUACUUCAACGAGAACUUCCGACGGGGCUUCCAGGAGGCCUUCAGGACCCCUUUCUGCUCACCCCGCUGCCACCCUGGGCCCUACACCCCCAGGACCCACAGCCACGGGAUCUUCUUCAGUGCCCGCAACCGCGUCUUCACCCAGGCCCAGCCCAGCCCCUCGCCCCCCGCCUCCGAGUCGGGGCCCUCGGCGUCACGUCGCGCCUGGGACACCUGA